AUGCCACCAAAGCGCACCGCAGCCGUCCGUAGCGAGACCUCCCAGGCCGCCGUACCAACCUCGAAGAAGUCCAAGAUUGAGCCUGCGGAUCCACCACCAGACCCCAUUCCCAAUGGCUUGGAAGCAGCAAAGUCGGAAAUCACCAAAAGGGUUGAAAGCACACGAAAAGAGCCAUGUCGUCAUCGACCCGAUGUGCUUUACAAACUCAAUGCCCCCAAAGGCGACCCUGAAGGCGUACUCCGUGGCCUAAACGUCUCUUGGAUUCACGAACAAAUGGAGCGCGACGCCCAAGUCAACGCGGCAUUUGCGUCACUUCGACAAACUUUAGAAGAAAGCAAACCUGCCCCACGCAUCGAAAGCCCCUACGUUAAGAAAGAUAUAUUUCUACCCCAGGAGGACUGGGACAUGUUCUCAAGCGAAGUCUUUACAAAGUACUUAUUUGAUGAGCUUGACAAUGAUCGAGCACUCGAGUUCUAUGAUCCUCACUCAAAGCUUCACAACGGCAAAUGCGGCAAAUGCGGUAAAUGCGGCAAAUUCGGCGGCAUAAUCAACGAUGUAAAAGGGCUACAGGGGAAGCUAAAAGCGUUCGACAUGCCACAACAUGCGUCACUCGAGCCUAUAACCGUGAAAACAACGAGUCGAUGUCGACAAAUCAAGAUGUGGUUUGCUGGCAACGGGUGUAUGAGGAUGCAGUGCGAAAUGGGCAGUAAAGACCACUUCAGAAACGGGUAUACGACGACUGUGGUGUGGAGCUGUAUCCAGAAAACUAAGGAACGCCAAGAACGCGAAGCCGAAGAAUUGGAGGUGAAAUGGGCGAAGCAGGAAGAGGAGGCGAAAGCUAUAGAAGCGAAGCAACGACAAGAGCAGAAAGAGAAGGAGCGGGAAGAAGAUAGAAAAUCGAUGGAGAAACUUAAGGAGAUGGCAAAACGAAGAGAGGCUCUGAGGCAGAAACAUGCAGAUGGUGAGACAAACAGUUCUGAGUUGGAGGAAGAAGAGGAUGAAGAGGAUGAAGAGGACGAUGAGGACGAUGAGGACGAUGAGGAUGAGAUUAUAGACAGUGAAGAAGAUGAGUGGCUUGAAAGUAAUCCCUAUACCGCGCCCCCUGGCUCUAUCUUCAUUCGGCGAGCAGGAUUAGACUGA